GGUAGUUGCUCUUUGGAAACCUUUUUAGGCGGUUAUCUCCUCGUGUUUUUGUUGUUGAACUUUCAAACUGUUCUCUAGUGAACAAUCUAUAUUACCUUAAUUUUCGAUGGCUGCAUCUAAAAAAGCUCAGUGGCAACCGGUAGAAAUUGACGUCGAAGGCGAUUUUGAAGGGCUGGCUGGUAUAGAAGAAAUAUCAGAUUAUAAUAUUGAAUCGUUUAGGACUAGUGCCCAGAAACAACCCAAAUCAGAACAACAUAAAAAGAAGAAAAAGAAAAAUGUGAAAGCUAAGAAUACUUUUGUAGAGAAAAUAAUUGAUCAGAAGGAAAUUGAGGAAACACAAUUUUAUCCAUGGAAUAAUAUAUAUGUUCCUGUGGAAGUCUCUAAAGCCUUGUUGGAAGAAGGUUUUAUGGAACCCACUGAGAUACAGAGGCUGACUAUACCUCCUGCCUUAAAAGGUAAGAGAGAUAUUCUUGGUGCUGCUGAAACUGGAAGCGGUAAAACAUUGGCCUUUGCUAUUCCUAUAAUUUAUGGAAUUAUGAAGAACUUAGAAUUAUCAUCAAAGGAAUCAGACAAAGAAAAUUGUGAAGAAACUAACAUUUCAAGAAAUAAGUUGUGGGCUUUGAUUUUGACUCCAACUAGAGAAUUGGCUAUACAAGUUAAGAACCACAUAGCUACAGCGAUCAAAUAUACUCCUUUAAAAGUUGCAGUAAUUGUUGGAGGAAUGUCUGCUGAGAAACAAAGCAGGCUUCUAAAAGGUGAACCACACAUUGUUGUUGCAACGCCAGGCCGUCUUUGGGAUCUCAUGAAUUCUAAUGAACCUCAUUUAGCUGAUAUAGAGAACAUAAGGUUUCUUGUCAUAGAUGAAACUGAUCGUAUGAUUGAGACGAACCACUUUCCAGAAUUGCGUUCUUUGCUGCUAAGAAUCAAUAAUGAUGAAGAUAAGAUGAAGCAACGCCAAAAUUUUGUGUUUUCAGCAACACUCAGCCUUGUUCAUCAACUACCUGAUUAUACAAAAAAACGAAAGCGAGGAAAGAAGAUUAAGAAAGACCCAACUUCUGAGAAAAAAUUGCAAGGAUUUAUUAAGCUUAUUGGUAUGACCAAUCCAAAAAUUGUAGAUAUCACGAAAAAAACAGGAAUGGCUACUGGUCUAACAGAGGCCAAAAUUCUUUCAGUUUUUGAGGAAAAGGAUUUUUAUCUUUAUUACUUAUUAUCAGUCUACCCUGGCCGUUCAUUGGUAUUUUGUAAUUCCAUAUCCUGUGUUCGACGAUUAGCUUCACUACUCACUGCUCUGGAUAUGAAGCCUCUUCCUCUUCAUGCCAACAUGCAACAAAGGCAACGUCUCAAAAAUCUUGACAGAUUUAAAUCAAACCCAAGAGCCUUAUUAUUAGCAACUGAUGUCGCAGCUCGUGGUCUUGAUAUCCCAUCUGUGGAACACGUUAUCCAUUAUCAAGUUCCCAGGACCUCUGAGACUUACAUUCACCGCAGUGGAAGGACAGCAAGGGCACAAAAAACUGGAUUAACUGUUCUUUUAAUCGAGACAAAUGAGGUACCUGUCUAUUCAAGGAUUUGCAGCACUCUCGGAAGAGAUAAAGAUGUACCUGAUUUCAAUGUCGAUUUAAACCUCCUGAAAAUGGCAAAGGAAAGAGUGAAGCUAGCACGCCAGAUAGAUAGUAUUAGCUUAAACCUAAAAAAGGAGAAAAGUAAAAUUGGCUGGAUUGAGAAGACUGCUCAGGAAAUGGAGCUUGUUUUAGACGAUGAUCAGUUACCUAAUAAAUCAGAUGAUUACGAAGUGGCAAAAAAACGAAAAGCAUUAGAUUUAGCCAAGAAGCAGUUAAAAGAACUUCUCAAUGUACCUAUGGCUUCCAAAUCAACUGGAUCAUUAGAAAGUAUAAAUAAUGUUAUCGUUCCUCAGAAAAAAAUCAAAAUUGUGAAAAAGAAAAGAAAGAUUGUGUAAAUAAAAUAUAUUUUAUUUAAUCUGUUUUUUUUUUAAUUGUUAUAUAUCUAAACCUACUUCAAUGUUGACACAUAUAUGAUUUUGAUUUGCAUUCCUUUUUAUCCUCUUGGUUUUACAAACUUUGUAGGUCUUCUCCCAUCUUACACAGUCUUCUGCCCCUUUAGGGUUAUUACUUUUCAGUUGCUUGUGGCUGUGGAGAAUCUUUGUUGAUUUGAUUUAUCCAUCUUAGUUCAGUCACCGAGCAACAUGAUUAUAAAGAGAAUUGGAUGGAACCCAACUCUUGACUUUAGGACU